AUGAAGCUCACCAACCCACUACCCCAGCCACUCCCUAAAGAAUGCGAAAAGGCUGCCAAAAUAUUCAAAUCCUUCGUCGAUAGCAGCAACAACGGUCUCGAUGGCGUCAUUCCCCGGCACAUCCUCGAGAAUGCCAAAGGCUUUGCCAUAUUCACCAUAGUCAAAGCUGGCUUUGUGUUCUCAGCAAGAGCAGGCAGCGGAAUAGUGAUCGCGAAACUGGACAAUGGAACUUGGUCCGCACCCAGUGCAAUAGGAACUGCUGGCCUCGGUGUAGGGGGUCAAGCGGGUGCAGAGAUGACCGACUUUCUGAUAGUCCUUAACUCUCGUUCGGCCAUUAGGUCUUUUAUGUCGGCUGGCUCUUUGACAUUGGGAGGAAACAUGAGCCUUGCACUGGGGCCUCUCGGCCGUAACGGUGAGGCGUCAGGAUCCUUGAGCACAAAUGGAAAGGUCGCGGCCAUGUACAGCUACUCAAAGACUCGUGGAUUAUUCGGAGGCGUCUCUGUCGAGGGAUCCGUCAUCGUCGAGCGUGAAGAUGCAAACGUGCAAGCCUACGAAUCGCCCGUUACAGCUAGAAUGCUCCUUGGAGGCGCCGUUGACCCACCUCCAUGGGCAAUGCCCUUGAUCAAGACACUGGAGGCAUGCACCGGUAUGCCCGGAAAUAGAGAAUGGGUCGACGAACCCAGAACGCCAGGCGGUUCGUAUGCGUUCGGAGGCGUUGGCAGCUCCGAGUCCACAGGAUCAUCGCCCUCUUUUCUUCGCAAAAAGAAAAGGCCGGAAACAUCAGCCUUUCCACCAGCUUCUUGGGGCGCUGAGACGAACUCGGGUUCUUACUUCAGCCCGACUGCGUCGCAGAGCUCCCAAAGUCAUUCAAGGAACAUGACCUGGGAUAGUGGCGAUUCCUCUGUCACGAAUUCGUUCAGCACCAAGUUCGAGUCCGACUCCAUUCCUGAGCGACGCCCAUCGCCCUUUAAACGCACAGAUUUCUCUGCAAAUGGCACACCGAGCCCUCCCCCAGCUCUCCGUACUACCUCGAACCCCUUUGUCCCGUCGCAUCGAUCCUCUGGCUCGAGCCCGAAGCUCUUCGACAUGUCAUGGAAAUCGCCUCCGGAGUACAAAAACAUCACUCCUACUCACCAACGCGCAACCUCUCUUAAAUAUGACCUUCGCCCAGCUAAUGAAGAUGACGACGUCUUCUACACUUCCGACUCGCUCAAUAGAGCAGCGUCGACACCUGCCCACCCUAUCAUUAAACAACGUGAGGAGUUAAGUAGACCUUUACUUCCUGGUGAAGGUGUUGCGCGUGCCAUCGCACUCUACGACUUCAAUGCUGUCGAAUCUGGUGAUCUCUCGUUCCGAAAGGGGGACGUCAUUGUUGUCACCAAAAAGAGCGACAGUGUCGACGACUGGUGGACUGGCAAGGCUAAUGGUCGCCAAGGAAUAUUCCCUGCUAACUUCAUAGAGCUCGCAUAA